AUGGCUCGUCUAAAUGAGCCUUUGGCGUCUCCAGAUGAUAUAGAAUCACUAAAACGCAGAUUUACCCGUCAAAACAAAGAUUUUGCUCGCGCUAACUCUACUCAGUCCCAGCAUAUCAGGAAUCUCGAGAAUGAAGUGUCAAGAUUGCUAGCCGAAAAUCUGCAACUACGAGAACAAGUAUUGCGGUUACAGUCAGAGUUAGAAAACAGACCUGUCCUGGACUCAGAUACUCGUACUUUGCAUCUCAAAUUACAGCUUGAAACGAAAAUAUCUGAAAUUAGCACUCUUCUAAGUCAUUUUGGCUCAAACUAUAAGGCAACAAAAAAAGCAUCAUCCACGCGUGAGGAACAAUCGAAAGCGACUCCUCUACACCAGCUUGGUGGAGACCUUAAGAAUAAUUGGCCGCAUUCGGAAGAUACAGUUGAUCAAAUUGAAAGGCUAUCCCCGAUAUUGGAGGAUAAAGCGUACCCGAGACGCACUCUAGAGUUCCAAGAAGUCCCUAUCUCACUUACUGAACCCGAAACCAGCGCUCUGGAAUCCCCUGAAAUCGGGCCUCCUCCUAAAUCGCAGUUUGUGGACGAGGAGCCCAUGAAGAUUGAUCUCCCAAAACGAAAUGGUAAACUCCAGUGCCCGGACAGCCUGAACCUCGACGUGACCCUUCCUAUUGCCGUAGAACACAGAAAAAAGAGACGAGAUACUGCAGAUGUAGAGCUCGCUAGCGAGCCAGAGACAACAAGACAUUGUAGAGCGACGGGUUCACUCAAGACGGGAGCAAAGAGAAAAAUGUGUAGCCGUGAAGAUGACGACAAAAUGAAUUCAAGCAUAGAACAGAAGGAUGAGUCUCUCACAACGCCUCUAAUGAAUCCACUUAACAAUAGGGAGGAUACGGAAAACUCUCAGACACGUGAAUAUUGUACCAGUGGUUCCUAUAGCGCAGAGAGCACCCCAGAUCUAAGUGUAGCAGAGAACUUUUCUAGCCGCAAGAUUCUGGGCCCCAAAAGCGUGAAUUGUUCCCCCAGGAAGCUCUUGACUCCCUUGAAAGUAGACUCGGAAAACUUACUGCCACUGGGAAAGAUACAACUUGAUUUGAAAGAGAGCAAUCCUAUUAUCCUUACUCCCGGACGGCAGGGAACAGCAGCUCCUACGCCUUCGGUGGAGCAGCACGAACCAGCGAAGGAAUCUGAUACCAUCAAAACAGUUCACCUAUCAGAGCAUUUAGCACCGUGCUCCACCUCGGCAAAGCAACACGCAGUCUAUGUUGACUCUAGCGAACUUCCUCCUGAACUUAGCUCUCGGGCAGAUUCUGGCCGCCCUAGUCGCCGUUUACGUGCAAGCGUUAGCUAUGCUGAGCCGAAUCUCCGACAGAAAAUGCGGCGACCGACUAAGUCGUUGGCUGAUGCGGUGAUGAACGAUAAAGCAUCUCAUGGCUCAGUUGACGUAUCUGAUGCCUCAUCGCAUCUGCCAACUGGGGUUACCCCGGAACCGCCUCAAGCACAGGAGGCUACUUCUCGUACCACUCCCCUAAAUGAACGGAGGUCAAGAGGCCGAACACUCUCUCCUCAGGUAACUCAAGAUAAUGCGAGCCCUGAAGAAAAUUCGCACCCGGAGUCGCCAAAAUCAGAGCGUCUAGAUGAGGAGAAUCUUCUACCGCGGCGACGGCGAUCCACUAUGGGUUUACGAGCAGUGAGUAAUAAUGAAAAUCGACAACGGGCUGAGACGGGAAAAUCAACCAGACGGGCGACCCAUGGCUUGGAGGGAACCUCGAGGAAGCACAUAACUCUUUGA